UUGGAGUGGGCGUGGCUUGUCAUUUCCCUUAGCUACUCAAGAAAGUUUGCGGAAGUUAGUCCAAGUCCGACAAAGAGGGAAGAACACAGAGCGACCGCUGCUGUUAAUUGUAGUUUGUUUGUUUUACCUCGAUAAAUGGACCUUUAUUCGAGUAAAAUAAAGCGGGUCCUCUCUAAGUACAAGUUCAGUGAUGUUGCUCUUCAGGAAUUGAACAAAAUCGAUGAAGAAUACCCGGGGAUGGACACCUCUGUCGGCACAUACACAUUCAAAGAUGGCUCCCAGAAAGAGCUCCUGAAAUUGAAUGGUAACCUUCCAGUCAAGUAUGAAGGACGCUCCUACAACUUCCCUAUUCAGCUUUGGCUGAUUGACUCCUUCCCGGUCACCCCUCCCAUUUGUCUCCUGAAGCCCACAGCAGGCAUGAUGAUCCGGGAGGGCAAACAUGUGGAUGCCCGGGGCCGCAUCCACCUGCCAGUGCUGCACAACUGGGAUCAUCCUAAGUCAUCUGUGGUAGACCUUUUGAAUGAGAUGACUGCCAAGUUUCAAGCGGAACCUCCGCUGUCGUCCAUCCCCGAAGGAGGAGAAAAACAAAAUCCACACGAACUUCUAGCAUAUGUCAAUAAGCUCCAGAUCAGUGAUAAUGCAAUCAGACAUCAUGACCACUCAGGCCACAAAGUCUCUGUUAUCGGAGGAGGAGAUUUAGGAAUGGCUUCGAUCAUGAGCAUUUUGGCAAAGUGUAAAGUGGAUAAACUUAUCUUCAUUGAUGUUGCUGAGAGUUCCACUAAGGGAGGCAGCACAGAUUUGGAGAUCUUUAGGCUGCCAAAUGUGGAGGUGUCCAAGGAUUUGUCAGCAUCUGCAGGCUCCAGGGUUGUCAUCGUGACAGCCAACGCGUGGAGCGGUGAGCAGUCGUACGUAAGCGUGGUCCAGAGCAACGUUGACUUGUUCAAAGGAUUUAUUCCAACCUUGGCACGUCUAAACCCAAACGCUGUCAUGCUGGUCGCGUCUCAGCCAGUGGACGUCAUGACCCACGUCGCUUGGAGGCAGAGCGGCCUGCCGCCGACACAAGUCAUAGGCGUGGGCUGUAAUCUGGACUCUGAGCGUCUUAGUCACGUGCUGGAUAUUAACUUAAACACUCACAAAGAGGCCUGGGUCAUUGGUGAGCUUUCUGACAACAAAGUCCCAGUGAUGAGUAACACGGGGCCAGGCUCCCAGAAGCAGCCUGAGAUCACAGGAUUCAGCUCCACCAAACCCUUACUCAGCAGAGCGUUUGACAUCAUGAAGAAUCGAGGUCAGCGUUCGUGGUCCGUUGGUUUGUCAGUUGCUGACCUCACAAAUAGCAUCCUGACAGACCGGAAGAAAGUCCACUCCAUUACUACACUUGCUCAGGGCUGGGGUGGCAUCGGGGUGGAGGUGUUCUUCAGCUUGCCGUGCCUCCUGGGUAUGAACGGUUCCACCCGACUGGCUGGUGUGUCACUGGGAAAGGAGGACGAUUCCAAACUGAAGGACAGCAUCAGCUCACUCACAAACCUCAUAAGUCAGCUGAGUAUAUGAAGGAUGAGAUUCUACUGCCCACUUCAGCGGGAAAGACUACAUUGACGGAUACGUUACUUACUGGUGACCGCCACCGAUGGACUCGCACUAUAAUCAAGUCCAUGACUUAAGACGGUUGCUUUGUUUUGAGCUUGCGUGUUGUUGACUUGGGCUGGGGGAGAAAUAACACAUUUUGAUGAAAUGUCAUAACUGCACUUUGAAACAUUUUAACAGAAGCUAUUUAUACAUUUUGCUACAUUUUGGUGUAUGGUGGUGUUUUUUUUAUGCAAUUCUUCAAGAGGAUAAGGGAGUCAGCUUGUGUAUUUCAUUGAACAUAACUUGCCGUUUGCACAGCUUCAAUUAUGUACAGUAACAUCCAAAUGUUUGUGGGAGUGCAAUAAACUUAAUCACCUGGUGCCUGCUUGACAUUGAAAA